AUGAAGAACUUCGACUCCGAGUGCAAAGGUCAACAUAAAAUACCAGCGAAGAUGGAUUCAUGUUGGGUAAAUAAAAUCUGGAGGAAAAUCCGUGUAGUUUGCAACUUACGAGCCAACCGCCUAGCUUACAAGGCAUACGAGGGACUCCGGACAGACAAGACCGCCGCCAGAAGCAUGCCUAACAAGCACUUCGCCGCUUUAGCGGAUUCAAUUUUGGACAUGGAAUGGGGAACGCACGAAGAAAGGCAGAAGGUGCUGGGUAAAUUUGUUGGCGAAGGGUACCACAUUAGAAGAAUAGCUACACAAGCACAAAAGAGAAGAGUUGAGAUGGACGACAUACCCGAGGAUCUCGUUCUUCUCCCGAGAGGAGAGAAUCUCAUCAAGGUGCAAUGCCAAGAUUUACAUGUAUACUAUUCAAUAAAAUUGAUAGAGAUGGCGUGCAGCAAUGGCCUGUAUGCCAUCGGGGACGGCAUCCAGAAAGCUGAACCCUAUAACCAUUCCUAA